AUUGUUCUUAUCUUUGCUUUGUUUCAGGGCUAUUCUAUAGUAUAUACGUACACUGCAUUAGAUUAAACAGACUGUGUAUAACAAUGAUUUUAUCAAGGACUUUGGCUUUUGCUCUGCUUUACUGCUAUAGAGCCUUUGGUUGUCCAAACGGAUGGAUGACACAUGAUUCUUCGUGUUAUCAUUUCAGUCAUGAUACAGAAGAAUGGGCAAGUGCGGUGGCAAUAUGCAAAAUACUUGGUGGUCACCUUGUGGAAAUAGAUGACGCAACCGAAAACCUGUACCUUGUAUCCCAAGCAAAACUUUUGAAUAAAUCAUUUUGGAUAGGACUGAAUGAUCUGCAAGAGGAGAAUUCCUGGGUUUGGGUAAACAGCAAUACGCCUGCCUCCUACACCCACUGGCACCCAGGACAGCCGGACAAUGGUGCAAGUAAUGAAAAUUGUGCCCAUUUGUACCCAGGCUUCAGUUUUUCAUGGAAUGAUAAGCAGUGUUAUACUCAUUACAACUACAUAUGCGAGAAAGCCGCUGAAGGCUCAGAGAUUGUUGGAUAGUUGAUUGCAGUCUUGCUUUAUGUUGUAUAUGAGAAUAAAAAGUAGACAUUUCA